CCAUCCAGUCCCAGGUACGAAACAGGGGCACUACCUCUUUAAAAGCGUCCGGGGCUGAGCCUCUGCCGCACCAUGUGAUUGCUUGAAAGGCCGGGCUGGGAGCGCAGCGGCGGGAGCCUGGAGAAUGAUGAGCCGGUGCGCGCACGGUGCCCAGAGCCCAGCCCUGCCCGGCGCGGCUCCGGAAAGCCGCCCGGGGAACUUAGGGCAACGCCUUUGGGACCCCCUACUGGUUGGCAGGCAAGAUGGGCUGCCUAUGUCCCCUCCUUCCCAGGCUGGCAUCCCCACCGCAGGCUUCCUGACCACAGGUGCUGGCCUCGUGCCCCAGGGCGCCUGUCUGCUGAUGUGCCCAGCUCCUGCCCACCAUGCCGCCCUACAUCUCGGCUUUCCAGGCUGCCUACAUUGGCAUCGAGGUGCUCAUUGCCUUGGUCUCUGUGCCUGGAAACGUGCUGGUGAUUUGGGCUGUGAAGGUGAACCAGGCACUUCGCGAUGCCACCUUCUAUUUCAUCGUAUCCCUGGCAGUAGCUGAUGUGGCCGUUGGCGCCCUGGUCAUCCCACUAGCCAUCCUUAUCAACAUUGGGCCACAGACCUACUUCCACACCUGCCUCAUGGUGGCCUGCCCUGUCCUCAUCCUCACCCAGAGCUCCAUCCUGGCUCUGCUGGCUAUUGCUGUGGAUCGUUACCUCCGAGUCAAGAUCCCUCUCCGGUACAAGACAGUGGUGACUCAGCGCCGGGCAGCAGUGGCCAUCGCUGGCUGCUGGAUCCUCUCCCUGGUUGUAGGCCUGACACCCAUGUUCGGCUGGAACAACCUGAGUGUGGUGGAGCAAGCCUGGGCAGCUAACGGCAGCGUGGGGGAGCCCGUGAUCAAGUGUGAGUUCGAGAAGGUGAUCAGCAUGGAGUACAUGGUCUACUUCAACUUCUUCGUCUGGGUGCUGCCGCCGCUGCUCCUCAUGGUCCUCAUCUACCUGGAGGUCUUCUAUCUGAUCCGUAAGCAGCUCAACAAGAAGGUGUCGGCCUCCUCGGGUGACCCGCAGAAGUACUACGGGAAGGAGCUGAAGAUUGCCAAGUCUCUGGCCCUCAUCCUCUUCCUCUUCGCCCUCAGCUGGCUGCCACUGCACAUCCUGAACUGCAUCACCCUCUUCUGCCCGACCUGCCAGAAACCCAGCAUCCUCAUCUACAUCGCCAUCUUCCUCACGCACGGCAACUCAGCCAUGAACCCCAUCGUCUAUGCCUUCCGCAUCCACAAGUUUCGGGUCACCUUUCUGAAGAUUUGGAACGACCAUUUCCGAUGCCAGCCCAAGCCUGCCAUCGACGACGACCUCCCAGAGGACAAAGCUGACGACUAGACUCCGCCUCGCUCCCUCCAGCCCACAUCCAGUGGCUCUCUGCUCAUCCCUCGGAUCCCAACGGCCCCACUGCUCUUCCUCAGUUUCCCUAGCUGGGCUGUGUGGGCUGUGGGCACCAGGGAGGCUCUGAAGAGAUGCUGUAGAGCAGAGCCCCUUCUCCAAGGAGCCAGUUGCCCUGUACCUUGGGGAGCUGGAGGAGGUUUGGAGGUGGGUCAGGCUAUGGCAGCGAGCUGGGUACCCUGAGGUGAGAGGAGUGUGUUGAGUGCCCCUUAUCCGGCUGUUCUACAGUCAAACAGGGGAGCCUGCUGUUAGGUGUUGGUGGCCCAAGGGACCAACUUCAAGGAGAGGAUGAGACCCCCUCAGAGGAUGGCUGGAGAGAAGUGGGUAUACCCUGGCUUUUCUUUCUCUCCCGUUCUGUAGGAAAGAUAGCAAAGUUCAGGAAAGGAGACCUCAUCCCCACCUCCAAGGAUUUUGUGUUUCUGGCCGUACAGGUACUGUGAUGCCUGCAAUCCUUACCCCGACAAGUCUGGGGUUAUACUUGGGCAAGGCAGAAAGAAUGGGACCAAGGAUCGUUUCUCACAUUUUCUUUAUUCACAACCCUGGACUGCCUGCCAGGGGGCCUCUAAGCACUGGGGAAUAAGCAUGGUCCAGUAGGUGCUGGCCUCACAUAGCCAGCAGGGGGCAGCACUGAGCCCUUUUGCCCUGAACUUCCUGGGAGCUCCCAAUGUAACUUGCUGUCUUCUGGGCCACCAAAUGUCACCAACUCCCAGAAAGAGACAGGCCUGGACACUCCUGGAUGACACUAUCCCUGCUUCUGGGCCCCAGGAGAAGAGAGCCCUAGAAAGGACAGCCCUUGGGAGCACUCUGCUUGAGUGGGAAGGAGGAGGAAGUCAUCCAAGAGGGUCUCAGGCGACUAUAGGCACUCCUGGUAUGGAGUACAGUAGGCCAGACCAGACCAGAGGAGACGCUCUCUUGAGAGUGUGAGCGAUUGCCUUGCCAGCGUUGAAAUACCCAAAAUGCUCCUGGGGGCGGGGGAUUAAGAUCAAUUUUUAGGGGGCUUCAAAAGCUGUGUUAUGAACAGAGUGUAGGCCUUUGUGGGUCUCGGUUAGGACCAAUCCAUACCCUGCUGAGCCCGGAUUUCUCCCUUGUGUGGACAGCAGGCAGGGGAGGGUGACAGGUUCUGAGUGUGAAUAUUGACCCCAAGUCUUGAUUCCAGGCUCUUCCCUCAGCUGGAGGUAAGGCGUCCCUGGCUCUCAAGGAGGUCCCUAUGUCUAAUAAAAGACUGUGAACCCUU